AUGUUGAGCCAUCUGAAAACGCCAUUCCAUCACCAUGAUGAUCCUCUCUCCUCUUAUUCAUCCUCAUUCAUAACGACCACAACAGUUACAACAACAUCCGUUACGAAUGGCGAUGCAUGCACAGCACCACGAUCAUGUAAUGAAGACUCCUCAUCGAUUGACUCUUUCAACAGAUCGAGUGUCAAAUCACAAAUGAUUGCCAAAUCUAAACGAAUGCAAAAACUUUCCAAAAGUGUCCGAAAUAACAAACCUACCAAUCUAGUAUUGAUCCAGCACAACCAUACCAAUACCAAAGCAAACCAGCAACAAGCCAAAAGUCACCUUAAUAAUUAUCUUUCACAAUUCUGUAACCACAACAAUGAAAGAUCUUUGAUUCAAUCCUUGACCUUUGAUUACACUUUUCAAGAACGAAUUGGUUGUGGCGGUUCUUCCUCUGUAUUUACAGCCAUUCACAAUAAGAGUGGUGAAAAAGUAGUCAUUAAGAAAAUGAACUGUUCUUCGCCACUCUUUUAUGAUAACUUCCAUGAAACAGGUGUCGAUCAUUCCUAUUCGGAAUAUAUUGAAAGAUGUUUUGUAAAUGAAAUUCAAAAAUUGACCAAUCUUCGAGGUUGUGACCAUUCGGUUCAAAUAGUAGACUCAAUUCUCACCUCACAUACAAGUGUUUGUGACAUGUUUAUAGUGUUGCAGUAUGAAGAGGGAGUCAUUUCAUUGGAUCAAUGGAUUCAACAACUCAAAAAUUCCCAUAUUUGUGAAAAAAACAAUAAUAGGAUGAUGAUUACUGAACAAUGUUUGAGGGAAUUGAGUUUCAAGUUAUUGAACAUUCUCGAUCAACUUCAUCGAAGUCAUAAAAUCGUUCACAGAGAUAUUAAACCUUCAAAUAUAUUGGUCAAACCUUCCUCCUCCACAAAAGUCAUGUUUGAAAAGAUGUACUUGUGUGAUUUUGCUUUUGCUUCAAACAUUGUGACAGAUGUCAAUAAUGUCAAUGAGAGACAUUUCGAUCAUUCAUGCACUGAAAUUUAUGCAUCUCCUCAAAAACUGCACCAAGUUUCUUCUUCACACAACAACUGUCAUUCCUCAACAGAUCCAUUAGAUGAUAUUUGGAGUGCAGGAAUGACCAUUCUUGAAGUAAUUUUAGGACAUUCGCCUUUGGUUUCUUCACAACAUGGAUUCUUUCAUCAAGAUAUUUUGCAUUUUGAUUUCGAUUUGUUCAUUCACACUCAUUCCACCAAAUUUUCUCAUCUUUCGAAAGAUUUUCUAUAUUUUCUUUCGAAAUGCUUGAGUGUUCAUCUCAAAGAUCGACCUUCUGCCUUUUCAUUGAUGGAAUUAUUAAAAUAA